AUGGCGGCCGCGCCAGAGAGGCUCCUCUCCGCACAGGACAUUACAGUGCCGGAGCUGGGCGAUCUCUACGGCGACGCGCCGCGCUGCGACGUGCGAUGUGCCAACGUACGCUACGUCGACGGCUUGGAGGGCACCCCGGACCUGGAAGCGUUCCUCGCGCAGCCGAAAGACGGCCCUCGCCGCGGCCUGAUCUUGGUCGUCCACACCGCGAUAGGGCCACAGGAGCCGUUCAUUUGGGACAAGUGCAUCAGGCUGGCCGCGGAGGGCUACGCUGCCGCGGCGGUCGACAUGUUUGGGGCCGGGCGGACUGUGUUUGGCGCGGACAAGGACCGGUGCAAUGCGUGGCUGAAGGAUGACAGGUCGCGGACCGCAAUCCGGAGCAAAGCUGCGCUGGACGCCCUGCGCGAGUACGGGUGCACGGGCCCGGCAGGAGCGGUGGGGUACUGCCUGGGAGGGCGCGUGGUGCUGGACCUCGCACGCUAUCAGCCACAGGUCGCGGACCUGCGGGCCGUGGCGUCGAUGCACGGCAUCCUGGACGAUCCAACGGAGAUAGGCACGUCCGGCUGCUACGACGGCCCCGUGGGUGCGGAGGUCGCUGUGUUUCACGGCAGCGCGGAUCCGCUCGUGCCGCCAAGCAGCGUUGACGCGUUCGUGGCGGAGAUGGACCGCAAGGGCGCGACGUGGCGCAUGACGACGUACGGGGGCGCGCGGCACGGGUUCACGCGGCCGGACAAGGUCGCUCCUGAGGACUACGCUGCGGGGUUCGGGUACGACGCCGCGGCGUCGGAGCACUCCUGGUCGGAGAUGCUCGCGCUGUUCGAUCGACACAUGCCCCGAACGAUCGAGUGA